CUAAAAAGUACAUAAUAAAAUCCUUUUUAUACUUCUUCUUGCAGGUAUAGAAUAAAAACCCAAUAGUAUUUGAGGGAAAAAUACUGUCUUGCUGCUGUUACGAUAGCUGUGCAGUGGGAAAAAAUGUCGUUAAACAUUUAAACCAAGUGGUUUGAUUUUUUUUUUUUUUUGGAAGUCUUUACUUCAGCAUAUUUCUUCCGUUGCAUAAGCAUUUACAGAAAGAUUAAAAGCCACAAUAUGAAGUAUUAAUAUUGAGCUAAUGAGUAACAACAUUCAUGUAAAUGUUAAAUCCAGACUCCAAAGUGGUUGAUAUUUUGAGAAGAGAAAAUUCCAUUAUUGCACUUUUUAGGAACAAGGAGUUAGAAAAUGGCAUUUUUCAGAAAUUUUCAGCAGAAUCUGCCUUCAGUGUCCUCUCUGGUGGACACAAUCAGUAAUGCUGUGGAAGAUUUGACUGCUGCUGUGGGGGAAGUCAGCUGUGCUCUCACGGACUCAGUCGCUGAGCAGGUGACGAGUAUGAUGAGUGGCUUUCGCCCAGAGGAGGAAGCCUCUGCGGCAGCAGAAGCUGUAGAUAUUUCUAAACAAGAAAAUGCCACAUUACCAGAAGUGCCCCAAAACAUUAAUUGUCAGAAAACAAAAUCCAAUUUACAGCACAGAGCAUAUCAAAUAAAUUGUUAUGAUACUUCAGUUUCACAAAAGCAUGAUCAAGGAAUGAAUGAAGAAGGACUAUUUAAACAUAUUAACACUAGACAACAGACUCUAUCAGAAAAUCAAGAAACCAAUAGUGCUGGUAAUUCUUCUUUGAAAGGCCACGUGAGUGAUGGUGGGAUAUCAGUUAUCAAACCAAAUGCAAGGGCUGGAUCUGCUUGUCAAGACCUUGAAAGUACUGACAGAAAAAAUGGAUUAGGAAUUUCCAACGAUGGUAAGCAUGACUUAAAGGAGGUAAGGUAUCAAGAAAUAAAAGAAAAUUAUUUAAAGAAAGCCGAAAAACAUACUAAGACUAAAGGAUCUAAAGGGAAUGAGUGUUCUUCAAAAGAUAUUUUAGAAAGCGAUAGACAUAAGAUGCAGAAACCCACGAAGAAAGAAGACACGCAUCCUGCGCCAUCAACUAAUUCUAAAGAUAAGGUACAUGGAAAAAUCAAAGAACAAAUAAAUCCAACACAAUACUACAAAGUGAAAGGAGACAUACAAACAAAGAAAAGUGAAGCCAUUUCUGCCAAGGAAGGAACAGCAAAGAAUAAAGAUGAAAAAUAUUCUAAGAUAAUACCAGAAAAAGAUAAUUCCUACAUGGACAAAGAUGAGCAUGGUUCAUCCUCUGAAAGUGAAGAUGAAGCACUGGGUAAAUAUCAUGAGGCCUUAUCGAGAACACACAAUUCCAGACUACCAAUGGCAGAUUCUAGACAAAAGAACUAUACUUGGGAAACAAGACAAAAAUACAGUCCUCUAUCUGCAGAGUAUGAUGGAUACAGUAGUGAAGCAUCAAUAGAUGAAGGAAACUGCAUUCAGAGAAUGAGAAGAACACCCCCACUGGAUGAAUUGCAGCCACCACCAUAUCAGGAUGACAGUGGUUCUCCCCACCUCUCAUGUACACCCUCAGAAAUUGGGGACAGUAAAUGUGAAUUUUCCCACUGCAGCAACAGUCCGAGAUGCUCAUAUAACAAGUGCCCGAGUGAAGGAAGCACAGGUCAUGAAAUAGGAAGUUUUCAUAAUAAAGGAUAUGAAGAAGAUGUUCCAAGUGACAGCACUGCAGUCCUGAGCCCUGAAGAUAUAUCAGCUCAAGGAUCAUCUUCACAGCUUCCUAAACCUUUUGAUCCCGAGCCAGAAGCUAAAUAUGGCACGCUGGAUGUGACUUUUGACUAUGACUCACAAGAACAGAAGCUUCUGGUAACAGUGACAGCUGUCACAGAUAUCCCAACAUAUAACAGGACAGGUGGCAACUCAUGGCAAGUACACCUUGUUCUUCUACCUAUAAAGAAACAGAGAGCAAAAACCAGCAUCCAGAGAGGACCAUGCCCUGUCUUCACAGAAACAUUCAAAUUUAAUCAUGUUGAAUCUGAGAUGAUUGGAAAUUAUGCAGUUCGGUUUAGACUGUAUGGUGUACAUCGCAUGAAAAAAGAAAAGAUUGUGGGGGAAAAGAUUUUUUAUUUAACAAAAUUGAAUCUUCAAGGGAAAAUGUCAUUACCUGUGAUAUUGGAACCUUCUUACAAUCAUUCUGGCUGUGACUCCCAAAUGAGCGUGUCAGAAAUGUCCUGUAGUGGAAGUACAUCCUCCUGCCAGUCUCUUGAACACGGCUCGGUCCCAGAAAUUCUCGUGGGCCUGCUUUAUAAUGCCACAACGGGACGACUAUCAGCAGAGGUGAUAAAAGGCAGCCACUUCAAAAACUUGGCAGCAAACAGGCCACCCAAUGGACUGUUCUGUUGUCUAAAACACUUGAUAGGUGGACAGGUUUAUAUAAUCCGAGAUACAUAUGUUAAAUUAACUCUACUGAAUUCCAUGGGUCAAGAGAUGUCCAAAUGCAAGACAUCCAUCCGCAGAGGGCAGCCAAAUCCAGUAUACAAGGAAACUUUUGUCUUUCAAGUGGCCCUAUUUCAGCUCUCUGAUGUGACACUCAUACUGUCUGUGUAUAACAAACGCAGCAUGAAAAGAAAAGAGAUGAUAGGCUGGAUUUCUUUAGGUCUGAACAGCUCUGGAGAAGAGGAACUCAAUCACUGGACCGAAAUGAAAGAGUCAAAAGGACAGCAAGUAUGUAGAUGGCAUGCGUUGCUAGAGUCAUGAUGACUAGGAUAAAUGAGCAAUUACAGUUGAAGACAGCGUUAUUUCUGACCACAACAUUACUGUUUUUACCUAGUCACUAUUUAGAAGAGUUAUUCUUUGAAGAACCAUCUUUAACAUUCCACCAAAAUGCUUUAAAUUCUGUGGAAAGAACAUCUAAUACUGUCGUAAAUGAAGAAAAGAUGUGUCUCUAGUAGAGCUUGUUUGGGAAAAUGAGAAACUCUUAUCAUCUUUGUUAAACUAACAAUCCUCCAGAGCUUUAAGAACAUCCUUUUAGUUUGAAGUUAAUUUUGCUUUAGCAAGAGAGCCAGUAAUUUCAUGGAAAAUCAAAAUAAUAAAUGAUUUUGAAAAUCAGAAUUUUUAGUUGCAACACAAUUUUAGCAUCACCCUACAUAUUAUCUACAAAACAUAUUUUGACUGGCUCCUCCCAGGUGUGUGUGAUGUUCCUUAAUAUGAGAAGGCAGUUCUCCAACUCUGUCAUAAGUUGUACCGAAUGGUGAAGGGUUUCAGUCACAUUGAAAACUGUUUUAUUUCAGAUAUUUUCCCUUUGUGCACUUAGUUUCGUGGUGCCUCAGUUCUUCUCAAUAGCACUAAAUCUGAGUGCAAGUAUUCAUUUUCAUAAAGGAAUUUUUUAUGUGUUACUUAAAAAAAAAAAAAAAGCUCAUUUCUUCAAUUGCCUCUGCUUUUGCCUGAUCCAAAGAGACCAAGUCACUGGACUGGUCCCUUGCAAGUCUUCUAGACAGGUUGUACUGUAGAACUAUGUAACUUUCUGUUGAAAGCACUUCCUGUAUUCUUGUAUUCCAAUGUAGGAAGCUAAUAGAGCAGGACUUUACUUUAAAAUCUCUUUCAAUGAUUGACUCUUUAAAAUUGUAGUAACGUGAAAAUAUGUUUUUUACAAACUAAAAGAUACAGUAAAUGAGCUGUUGAAAAUUGAAAACAAUUCAAGUUAAAAUUUUAAUUAUCUGCUCUGAGUAUUCAGUAACCAACACUGCAUAAAGCA